CGAUAGUGUGAUUCGAAGCCUCCUCCGUGGUUGUUGAUGAAACAACGUCCGUAGUUCGCUGGCGGUCGGCUGGCCACUUGUUUAUUCCGCACUCCGCUGUCGCCGCGAUCUGUCCGCUACCACCCAACUGUCAUGUACCGUUUAAUUCGCAACAUGUUCGUAUGUUAGAGUGACAGUUAAAUUGUGAUAUAUUGGCUGUAAUACAAUUUGAAUAAACAUCAAAAAUGGCAGUGAUUUUUAUUAAAUUUUUCGAUGUCGUCCCCGUCCGUUUCAACCUGUGGGUCAUGCUGUUCACAAGCUGCUGGGUCGUCUAUAUGCUCCGAGUGAACAUGAGUCUCAAUCUAAUCGCUAUGGUUCCUCAAACAUCGAAUAACUAUACAUCGCGAUCUCAGUGCGAACCGAAAGAUGACGUGGUGACAAAUGAAACUAUACGUCAUGUGGACGGAACUGAUGUGAAGGCGGCUCAUGUUAAGACUGUCCCAGGAGGUGCGUCAUUCAACUGGUCAGGGGAGCAACAAGCGUUAAUCCUCGGCUCCUACUUCUGGUGCUACCCACUGACGUCACUGAUCGGGGGCAUGGCGGCUGAGCGCUGGGGUCCUCGCUAUGUCGUCCUCGUCACCUCCUUCGCAAGUGCUAUACUCACAGCUUUGAGCCCCGUAGCCGCCAACCUGGACUAUAUAGCUCUAGUUGUUAUAAGAUUUUUCCUAGGCUGUGCUGGGGGUUUUAUAUAUCCGUCGCUGCACGUGCUGGUGGCGCGAUGGGCCCCACCCGCUGAGAAGGGUAAAUUCGUGAGCGCCAUGAUGGGAGGAACUUUAGGCACGGUCGUGACAUGGUCACUAACUGGACCGCUUAUGGAGAAAUUCGGAUGGGCUUCAGCUUUCUACGUACCAGCUGUCUUGACACUCGUGUGGUGCGUCUUCUGGUGGUACCUCGUAGCGGACACCCCCGUAGACCAUCCCCGAAUAACAGACGCGGAGAGGAAAUAUAUAUUAGACGCGCUAGGCGACAAGGUCAAAAAAUCAAAGGGUUUGCCGCCGUUCAAGAAUAUUAUAACAUCUUUCCCGUUCUUGGCUAUGGUCAUCCUCCACUACGGGAACCUUUGGGGAUUGUACUUCAUAAUGACUGUCGGACCAAAGUUCGUGUCAAGCGUGUUAGGUUUCGAGCUGUCAGCCGCUGGUGUGAUAUCAGCUUUACCUUACCUAGCGAGACUGUUCCUGGCGACAAUAUUUGGAGUCGUUGGAGAUUUCAUUUUAGCGCGGAAGCUAAUGUCAACGACUAUCAUAAGGAAAUUCUUCUGUCUUUUCUCACAUAUCCUCCCCGGUGUGUUGUUAGUAUUAUUGGUAUACGCUGGAUGUUCUACGGCGCUGUCAGUAUCUCUCAUCACGAUGUCCAUGGGUUUCAACGGCGCGGCGACACUGACUAACCUCCAGAACCACCAAGACCUGGCACCUAAUUACGCAGGAACUUUGUACGGAAUUGCGAACUGUGUGGGAAGCACGGCUGGAUUUUUCACGCCUAUGAUCACAGCUUACUUUACAAGCUCAGGGAAUAGUUUCGAGAGCUGGCGACCCGUUUUCUUCGUAGGUGCAUCAGUCUAUAUAAUAUCAGCGAUAUUCUUCAUAUUCUUCGGAACCGGCAACAUUCAACCUUGGAACUUUGCCCCCGAUGACAAAGAUGGAAAGGAAGACAAAACCAACGGGGACCUCAAGGAAAUGAAUGGUUCUACACCAAAAAAUGUUGAAGCUAAGGAAAUACGAGAAACUCCUCUAAACGUUACCACGUAAAUGAGAUUUUUUAUAUUAGUGAGUGGCAAUAUUAUAAUCUCUAAUGUAGUUUUGUGCAUCAAAAGAGUUUUGAUGCAAACACUAAGGUGGACUGCAAAAAUGUGAUAAAUGGAUUAGAUAAUAAUAGGCUAUAGACGGAAUUGAAAAUGUUUUUCACUACCCAAUCUCAGAAAUACGGAAAUACCUAAUACUAUGUAGUUUUUAGGACAUAUGUCUACUUUACCGAAGCCAGGGACUCUACAAUAGUGCAAUAGCGUAAGUUCACAAAGAAUUAAAUUUCUUAGCGUUUAUCGGACGCCGUAGUCAGGAACGCUGUUACAGUAGACCCCUCGUGUUGACAUGAAUGUGCAUUUUAUCAUAGUUUAGAUGUAACAAUAUUGUGCCGUUUUGAUGAGUAUUAAUAAUGGAUUAUUUAUUUUCUAUACGUAUAUUAUGUGUACCUAGUUAUUGAUAAAAUUAUAUGAUGACGUAAAUCUUAAAUAAUGUAAAUGCAUUGUAAUCGCUGUGAUCUUUAUAAUGAAAAAUGUAAUGGUAAUUAUUCGUAUGGUAGAUAGGAGAUUGCUCCGGUGGUAUUAUUAAAUUUAUUUAUAGUUCGUUUGUACGAAAGAAUUCUCGCUCUGGUUUGGCCCCGUAGGUACUGGAUUUGUAUGGCUGUAUUUACUGUGUGACAGCCUACUAGUUUUGAUCUUGCCUAUGAUAGGCCGGCGAACUUGCAGCUUCCAAGAAAAAUAAAUAAUCAUAGUUUUAUAGGACGAAGUAUGGAACUGUUAAUCAGUUUUUAAUAUGGAUAAUUGAGGAUAAGCCAAUGUGUAUUUAGAAAGCAGUGUUUGAAGUCAAUCAUACGAAAAUGUUUUUUGAAUUUUGAAAUAUUUGGAAGGCAGGUCGAAAAUGUAGAGCCUUAAUUAGAUAAGUUUUACAGAGUAACGUGACAUGACAGGGGAGCUUUUGAAAUGGAGAAUGUACCUAUAGGGAAAUUAUAGAGUUAUAUAAUGACACUUUUAUAUACGAGUGGAGAUUGUAGUUAUGAAUUUGGUUUUAAAUCAAUGUAUCUAGGUUUAUUUGUCGAAUAGUGUGUUUUGCUAGUUAUUUAGUAACUUAUAUUUUAAUGGACACACAAAUUCUUAUUUGUCUUAUUUAAAACAUCGCCAAUCAAAUAAAUGUCAAUUAUGA